GAAUUGAUGAGAUGAUAAAUAACAGAAAAAAAAGAAAGAAACGCCACCCACAUUUCCAAGCACCACCCAACCCUCCACUACAUUCCAAAAGUCAACUGGCGGCCGAUCGAGCAAGUGACUCCAUCACGGGAGGGGAGGACGAACGAACCAACAAACCCUCACCUCACUUCACGGAAGAAGCCAAUUGUAAUCCGGAGGAGCUGCUGCUGCUGCUACGCUCUUCCGAUUGAUUGAUUGUUCAUGGGGAAUUGCUUCGGAUCUCGACUUACUCUUGACAGCACAAGACCUAGUUCUUCUACUCUUCCCAGUGGCUCCACCAAGCCGUCCACUCCAGGAACGUCGAAUUAUUAUAGCAAUGGGGGAGGGCUGUCGGUGACGAGCAGCAGUGCCGGUGGACACAGCCGGUUUUCUGCUGCUUUGAGUGACGACGGAACAAGUCUGACGGGUGAAAUAUUGCCCACUUCCAACUUAAAGACCUACAGUUACUCUGACUUGAAGUUAGCUACAAAGAAUUUCAAGUCUGAUAUGGUGUUGGGUGUUGGGGGUUUUGGGACUGUGUAUAGGGGGUGGGUAGAUGAGAAGACACUCAUGCCGACUAGAGUUGGGACCGGAAUGAUGGUUGCUAUUAAGAAGUUGAAUCAUGAAAGUGUUCAGGGCUUUGCGGAAUGGCAGUCAGAGGUGAACUUUUUGGGAAAGCUGUUGCAUCCGAACCUGGUUAAGCUUUUGGGAUACUGUCGGGAAGAUAAAGAACUGUUGCUGGUCUACGAGUUUAUGCAGAAAGGCAGCCUUGAAAACCAUCUUUUCCGAAGAGCUGCUGCCAUCGAACCAUUAUCAUGGGAUACGAGGCUCAAAAUUGCUACAGGAGCGGCAAAGGGCCUGGCGUUUCUACACAUUUCUGAUGGGAAAGUCAUUUACAGAGACUUCAAGGCAUCCAAUAUUCUCCUUGAUGGGAGUUACAAUGCGAAAAUUUCUGAUUUUGGCUUAGCUAAACUGGGGCCAUCUGGGGAGAAUUCCCACGUAACAACCAGAGUUAUGGGAACUUACGGUUAUGCUGCACCUGAAUACAUUGCAACAGGUCAUCUAUAUGUGAAGAGCGACGUGUAUGGGUUUGGCGUGGUGCUUCUGGAGAUGUUGACAGGCUUGAGAGCACUGGAUUCAAAACGGCAGAAUGGGCAGCAGAAUUUAGUGGAAUGGAAGAAGCCCCUCCUCUCCCAGAGACGGAAGCUAAAGUUCUUAGUGGACCAGCGGAUGGAAGGACAAUAUUCAUCCAAGGCAGCAGUACAAGCUGCUCAGCUGACCCUUCGCUGCUUGGAAACCGAGCCAAGAAAACGGCCAUCCAUGAAAGAAGUUACAGAGGCAUUGGAACAGAUUGCAGCUAUGGAGAAGCCCAAAGAAUCCAAGAGCCAGAGCCGGUCCACGCAUUUAUCUUCGUCCAACCAUUCGCCCAGCAGACACAGACACUCGCGGAGGUCUUCUCUGUCCAAUGGCUCGAAAACGGAAAGAUGACAUCGGAUCAGAUUACUUGUUAUGGUGGUAACUCUUCUGACCUCAACUCAAGAAUUGCUGUAACCUUCCUUCCUUCCUUCCUUACAGUGUUUGAUGGCUAAGGAAUUUCAUUGUUCUUCUGUUCAAUUCUUUCCUGACAAAAUAUGCAUACAUACAUACAUACAUACAUAUGUAUUAUAUUGGUUUUUGUACUUGAGGAUGACUGAAUUAAUGACAUGUGACCCUCAGUUUCAUUUGUUUUUCAA